AUGAUUCAAGUUCAUCCCGUCAGUGACGGAGCCCCGCAUACCUCGGAGAAAGAUGCAGCAUUAGCUGUGGUGAGCGAUGUAGCCCAGGAGAUCGUCCCUGCGGUGGAGAGGAGAGUCGUGCGAAAGAUCGAUCUUUACUUGAUGCCUGCUAUGCUCAUAGGAUAUGGAAUGGUGUAUUAUGACAAGGCCAUUUUGGGAAGUGCCGCUCUGUUUGGUAUGACUUCUGACUUGCAGUUGUCUGUGAAAGACCUUUCCACUUCGCCUCCAACAGUCGACACCUCCCGUCUCAGCUGGGCGACGUCGGUCUUUUAUUUCGGUAUGUUGGCGGGCCUUUACCCAAUGACAUUCAUCCUUCAAAGAUUCAACAUUCGAACUGUUCUCGGCCCUGUUGUGCUACUUUGGGCUAUCAUUUGUGCUGCCACAGCGGGUGUCACAACUUGGCAAGGCCUGUAUGUGCAGCGGUUCUUCCUAGGAUUCAUUGAGAGUGUGAUUCCCACGGGCUUCAUGACUAUAGUCAGUGGUUAUUACACCCAGGAAGAACAGGCUUUGAGACAGGCUUGGUGGUUCUCAGGAACCGGUUGGUUCACAAUCAUCGGAAGCGCUCUGAACUACGGAUUUGGCCAGAUUACGUCCGGGGCUUUGAAAAGAUGGCAAUACAUCUACAUUCUUGCGGGAGCUUUGACCUUCCUGUUUGGCUUGUGGUGUUGCACUAUGCCAAACUCCCCCGUCUCGGCCUGGUUCUUGACACCCGAAGAACGGACAGUCGCUGUGGAGAGAUUGCGAAAGGGCCAAACUGGAGUGAGAUGCCAAAAGAUCAAGUUCGAUCAGAUCAAGGAAUCGUUCACCGAUGUCAAACUCUAUCUGGUGGCUAUCAUGAUGGCUGCAGCUUACACUAUUAACGGAGCCAUCUCUGGUUUUGGUCCAUUGAUCGUGUCAACCUUUGGCUACGACACUCUCGAUUCGAUUCUGUUCCAGUUCCCCGUCGGAGGUGUUUGCGUCAUCUUCAUCCCCCUCUGCGGCUACAUCUCCACCGUCGUACCCAACACACGCAUUCCGAUGCUUAUUGCAUGCUGUUUACCUGUCAUUGCCGGCUGCGUGAUGAUUUGGAAAUCACAGUGGGGCUACCAUCCCGUCACGCCAGUCGUCGGUUACGCACUGACCGGGUUCUUUGGACCUGUGGUCAGCUUGAUCAUCACAGUUGGUGCUAGUAAUGUUGCUGGUGCCACCAAGAAAACAGUCAUGGCGGCCACUGUGUUCGUGGCUUACACAGUGGGCAACAUUAUCGGACCGCAGUUGAUCAAAAGCAAUACCAAGGCACAGCACUAUCCUGAGUUGUGGACUGGUAUGAUUAUCUGUUACUGUAUCACGAUCGCUGCCGCAGUUGUACUAUAUCUCGUCCUUCGUCGGGAGAACCGAAUCAGGGAGACUUUGGAGUUGGAUGAAGUUCAGCGAGACAAGAUUGCGUUCGAUGAUCUUACCGACAAGCAAAAUCCUUUCUUCCGCUAUGCAUUGUAG